ACAUUCAAAUGGGUGUAUUGAAAUGAAGAGGUUGUUCAUAUGCCUCAGAGGUCGUCUAAUUAUGACUUAUUGCUAAUAAGAUCCUCUUAUUUGAAGCCACUCUCUGUGAACUGUUUUUUUACCUUUGCGGCUUUCUGCAGCCGUAACCUGUCACGCGACACGGGAGCGUGGAGCGGGAAAAGUGGAGGCUGAUCAUUCUGCUGAUCCCAGCACCUUUGGUUGUUAAGGGAAGCACCGGCGUCUCCUUGAUCGUUUCCCUCCUCCCUUUUUUUUUUUUUUCUUUUUUUUGCCAAUCGCCAUCCCACGACAGCAGGAGGAAAGGAGACGGGGAGGGGGAAAGCGAGGACACACCCGCACAUACUGUACCCGCUGUACACGUCAGGAGACCUGAGUGUCGCAGCAGCUUAUUCGCCUUCCUGGUCACAGCAGGAGCUUCAACUCCCACCAGACACGAAGAUGAUGUUAGCAGUCAGACCCUAGGUGACAUCCUGUGGCCGUCAGGUCUUUACGGUGUUGAGCCCCCUCCCUCUCCUGGUUCCUGCCUGCAGUUCUCCAGGCUGCAGGACCCAGACUCACUGAAAAGUGCAGGCCUCCUCUCCCUGCAGAAUGACUGUUGCCACAGGCGACCCCUCUGACGAGGCGGCUGCACACCCGGGACACCCACAGGACUACGACCCGGAGGCCGACCAUGAGUGCUGUGAGAGGGUGGUCAUUAACAUCUCAGGGCUGCGCUUUGAGACACAACUCAAAACCCUCUCCCAGUUCCCAGAGACGCUUCUGGGGGACCCCAAAAAGAGGAUGCGGUACUUUGACCCGCUGAGGAAUGAAUACUUUUUCGACAGGAACAGACCCAGCUUUGACGCCAUAUUGUAUUAUUACCAAUCAGGGGGCCGGCUAAGAAGGCCGGUUAACGUCACCCUUGAUAUUUUCUCAGAGGAAAUUCGCUUCUAUGAGCUGGGCGACGAGGCCAUUGAGAUAUUCAGAGAAGAUGAGGGCUUCAUCAAGGAGGAAGAGCGACCCCUUCCAGAAAAUGAGUUUCAGAGACAGGUGUGGCUGCUGUUUGAGUACCCAGAGAGCUCAGGUCCUGCUAGGAUUAUUGCCAUAAUCUCUGUCAUGGUUAUCCUGAUAUCUAUAGUCAGUUUCUGCUUGGAGACGCUCCCAAUAUUUCGCAAUGAUGAGGAUGAUUUGCACAAGUCUUACUCGGAAAUCUAUUCACCUGAGACCAACACAACAAUUAUCAGAUACAAGUCCACCUACUUCACCGACCCAUUCUUUGUCCUGGAGACCCUUUGCAUCAUAUGGUUCUCCUUUGAGUUCCUGGUGCGCUUUUUUGCCUGCCCCAGCAAAGCGGGAUUUUUUGUUAAUUUAAUGAACAUUAUUGAUAUUGUUGCCAUCAUCCCUUACUUUAUCACUCUCGGCACAGAGCUUGCCGAGAGCCCAGAGGAUGGUCAAGCUGGUCAGCAAGCCAUGUCUUUAGCCAUUCUCAGGGUCAUCCGCUUAGUACGAGUCUUCAGAAUUUUCAAGCUUUCUCGUCACUCCAAGGGGCUUCAGAUUUUGGGUCAGACCCUGAAAGCCAGCAUGCGAGAGCUCGGUCUGCUCAUUUUCUUCCUCUUCAUUGGAGUCAUUCUUUUCUCCAGCGCGGUCUUCUUUGCCGAAGCGGACGAGCCCGAAUCCCAGUUUGAAAGCAUCCCAGAUGCGUUUUGGUGGGCAGUAGUGUCUAUGACGACAGUUGGUUACGGCGAUAUGGUUCCAACUACCAUUGGUGGAAAAAUUGUGGGCUCCCUCUGUGCCAUUGCAGGUGUGCUGACCAUUGCCUUGCCAGUGCCUGUCAUAGUGUCCAACUUCAACUACUUCUAUCACCGUGAGACGGAAGGUGAAGAGCAGGCACAGUACCUACAGGUCAGUGUCACCAAAGCAGAUUCAGCGGAGGAGCUGAAGAAGAGCCGGAGUGGCUCCACCAUCAGCAAAUCAGACUAUAUGGAGAUCCAGGAAGCUGUGAACAACAGCAAUGAGGAGUUUCAGGAGGAGAACCUCAAGACAGCCAACUGCACAUUGGCCAACACAAACUAUGUAAACAUCACCAAAAUGCUCACAGACGUGUAGUCGUCUGUGGAUUUCCUCCCCCGUGACAGCGGGUAAUGUGGAGCUGAGCAGCUGGACGGGACAGGUGUACCCUCUAGCACCUCAACAGAGCUGGAAAAAUGAAGGCAGUAGAAUUCAGGAUGUUGACGAUGACCGACAGUGGAAAAAAAUAAUCACAUAAACCAUUUGCUCUGUCUCAUCCCAUCGUCACUCUGUACAACCUGCCCGCAAAACUCCUGAUAAACUGUCAAAGAAGGUGAAAUUUCAAGUUAUGUUUCUGCAUGGAUUCGGCUUUGUCUGCUUGGCUGAUGCCUAAAAAUGUCCUAUUCACGACGGUAGCCAACAAUAGCGUAUAAUAAUAAUAAGGGAGAAAACACAGCAAGAUUAAAAAAAAGAAGUAAAUUGCUAAAAAAAAAAGAAGAAAAAAAAA